GCCUCGUUCGAGUUCUCGUUGGCUUUCGUUGAAGGCCCCAGCCCCUAUGAUUCUAGCGUCCUUCAAUUCCUAAAAUCUCUCUCUUUUGCCUCUCGGACGCGACCCAAGGACGUCGUCCGUGGGACGUGCCUGAAACCCUUUCCAUUCUUUUCCUGCUCGCAUGUCGACUGGAGUUGACGGUCGACGACAAGGCCCAAGAGUCAGCAGACGUUCUAUCUCUCGGGUUACGGAUUCCUCCGAAUCUCCCAUAGAUUUACCAACCGCUUUUGUGGACAAACGGCCACCCAACAUGACUCAGAGUCAGCGAUCCCCCUUAUGACUCCUCGAAGCCUCUUGUCCAGUAUGCAAUGAUGAUUGAUGCUGGAAGUCAGGGUUCCCGAAUCCACGUCUACAGAUUUAACAACUGCGGACCCACACCCGAGCUUGAGCAUGAAGAGUUCAAGCAAACCGAGCCGAAAGAGGGUGGUUCUGGCCUCAGCUCUUACAAGGAGGAUGCAGAGGGCGCAGCAAAGAGCUUGGAUCCUCUUAUGGCGGUGGCUAUGUCGACUGUCCCCGACGAGUACAAGUCAUGCUCACCGAUUGCGGUCAAGGCUACUGCUGGGUUACGCAUGCUUGGUUCUGAGCUGAGCGAGAAGAUUUUGGAAGCCGUAAGGACUCGUCUAGAGACGGUCUACCCUUUCCCCGUCGUCUCUCGGGAAAAAGGUGGCGUUGAGAUCAUGGACGGCAAAGACGAGGGUGUCUAUGCUUGGAUCACCACCAACUACCUCCUCGGAAAAAUCGGUGGACCAGAUGAGACUCCUACCGCUGCAGUCUUUGACCUUGGUGGAGGAUCCACACAGAUUGUCUUCCAGCCCACCUUUGAGAAGAGCCCCUCCGGCGGUAUGCCUGAGCACCUGGCUGAGGGUGACCAUAAGUAUGAUCUUCAGUUUGGUGGACGGCACUUUGAGCUCUACCAGCACUCACAUCUUGGUUAUGGUCUCAUGGCCGCUCGCGAUGCGGUGCAUAAGGCUAUUGUCGAGGCAAAGUUAGCGUCUAUGCCCCCAGACGAUCGCUCUUGGCUGAAGCAACCAAUCUCUAACCCUUGCAUUGGACCGGGAAUGGAACGUGAAGUGAAGUUGAAGUAUGAAGGUGAACAGGCAAACCACCCGCUCGCGCCUGGUGUCACAGUCAAAAUGGUUGGCCCUAAGGAGGGAGCUCCUUCGACAGCCGCUCAAUGCCGCGGACUGACGGAGAAGAUCCUCAACAAGGAUGCUGCGUGCACACUAGCUCCGUGUUCCUUCAAUGGUGUCCACCAGCCGUCUCUUGAAAAGACCUUCGCUAAAGAAGAUGUUUACAUCUUUUCCUACUUCUACGAGCGCACGCAGCCCUUGGGCAUGCCGGACUCUUUCACACUAGAUGAACUGCACGACCUUACAAAGACUGUAUGUGCUGGCGAGUCUGCGUGGAGUGUCUUUGAAGGAAUCCCAGACGCACUGAAGGAACUACGUGACCGACCUGAGUGGUGUUUGGACUUGAACUUCCAGCUUGGUCUCCUUCACACGGGGUACGAGAUGCCCUUGUCGCGAGAGGUCAAAAUUGCGAAAAAGAUCAAAGGCAACGAGCUUGGAUGGUGUCUUGGUGCCAGUCUACCUCUCCUGAGCCAGGAAUCAGGCUGGACUUGCCGAGUGAAGGAGAUCUCGUAGAUGAUGGUGACGCCGGAAUGACCUGAGUUAUACCUUUUUAAUUAUCCUUAAAUGAGUGCAUACAAGUUUCUCCUUCUGCAUGCUAACAGGCUAGACCUUUGGUACUGUAUUCUUCACAUUCAAUUGGAUGUAGCCUGGUCUUGUGUACGAUACAGGCGAGUUCUGGU